UCUACGUCAUACAAAGAAGUAAACAAUUCAAGAAGAAGAAGAUUACACACAAAAACUCCAAAAAGUCUCCUCUGUUCACAGAGUCUUCUCUUGACACUUUCUUGAUUUUUGGCCCCUUAUGUAAUCCAUCUGUUUCUUUCUCCUCUUUACACCUCUUACAAACUUUUUGAAACCCCAAACAUUACAAAUUGUACCAAUACUAAAUAUGCUUGUACCUUUACACUCUCCUGCAAACAUGGCUGCUCUGUUUUUUCGACUUCUGUUUUUUUCCUUGAUAGUAUCGAAUGUUGUGCUAGUUCAGGCAAGGUUUAUAGUUGAGAAGAACAGUAUAAGUGUUCUGUCUCCUUAUUCAAUGCACUCGAAGCAUGAUGCCUCUAUUGGUAAUUUUGGUGUCCCUGAUUAUGGUGGUUCUUUAGUUGGAACUGUUGUUUAUCCUAGUAAAGGUGCUAAUGGCUGCGCUGAAUUUGAUGGUGAUAAACCCUUCAAAUCUAAGGGUCAUCGUCCUAAUAUCCUUCUUCUUGAUCGUGGAGACUGCUAUUUUGCUUUGAAGGUAUGGAAUGGGCAACAAGCUGGAGCAGCUGCAGUACUAGUUGCUGAUAGUAUAGAUGAGGCUCUUAUAACUAUGGAUUCUCCUGAAGAAAGUACGGAUGCCAAUGGAUACAUCGAGAAGAUUGGUAUCCCGUCAGCAUUGAUUGAAAAGUCGUUUGGUGACGCAUUGAAAGAAGCUCUUAAGAAGGGAGAGGAAGUUGUGAUCAAAAUGGAUUGGACGGAGUCAAUGCCUCAUCCUGAUCAGCGAGUUGAGUAUGAAUUGUGGACUAAUAGCAACGAUGAGUGUGGGGUUCGUUGUGAUGAGCAGAUGAAUUUCAUCAAGAACUUCAAAGGACAUGCUCAAAUACUUGAGAAGGGCGGUUAUACUAUGUUCACGCCUCAUUAUAUUACUUGGUACUGUCCUGAAGCUUUCAUUCUUAGCAGCCAGUGCAAAUCUCAGUGCAUUAAUCACGGGAGAUAUUGCGCUCCUGAUCCGGAGCAGGACUUUGGGGAGGGGUACCAAGGGAAGGAUGUUGUCUUUGAGAACUUGAGGCAGCUUUGCGUGCAUAGAGUUGCAAAUGAGAGUAGCCGUUCUUGGGUUUGGUGGGACUAUGUGACGGAUUUUCAUAUUAGAUGUUCAAUGAAGCAAAAGCGAUACAGCAAAGAAUGUGCUGAGGAGGUCAUGAAAUCACUUGAUCUACCGGUUGACAAGAUAAAGAAAUGCAUGGGCGAUCCAGAGGCUAAUGUUGAAAAUGAUGUGUUGAAGACUGAGCAAGACCUCCAGGUUGGCCGAGGACCUCGUGGAGAUGUGACAAUCUUACCAACAAUGGUCAUCAAUGAUAUUCAAUAUCGAGGGAAAUUGGAGAGGACUGCUGUUUUAAAAGCCAUAUGUGCUGGUUUUAAGGAAACAACUGAACCUUCGAUAUGUUUAAGUGGAGAUCUUGAAACAAACCAGUGCCUAGAAAGGAACGGUGGCUGUUGGCGGGAUCCUAAAUCUAACAUAACUGCCUGCAAGGAUACAUAUAGAGGAAGAGUUUGUGAGUGCCCUUUGGUGAACGGCGUUCAGUAUAAAGGAGAUGGAUACACAUCUUGUGAAGCCGUUGGACCUGGAAGGUGUUCGGUAAACAACGGAGGAUGCUGGUCAGAAACCAGAAAUGGGCAAACAUAUUCAGCAUGUUCAGAGGGUGAACUAUCAGGCUGUAAGUGUCCGUAUGGUUUUAAAGGGGAUGGCCAUAAAUGUGAAGAUGUAGAUGAAUGCAAGGAAGGACUUGUUUGUCAGUGUGAUGGCUGCAGCUGUAAGGACACAUGGGGUGGAUUCGAGUGUAAGUGCAAAGGAAAUCAACUCUACAUAAUGGAGCAUGAUACUUGUAUAGAAAGACACUCAUCAAAGAUCGGACGGGUCCUUAUGUUCUCUUUCCUAGCCAUUGCAGUGGGGGCUGGUUUAGCUGGUUACACCUUUUACAAGUAUAGACUUCGGUCAUACAUGGACUCAGAGAUUAUGGCCAUCAUGUCGCAGUACAUGCCUCUCGACAACCACAAUCAGAAUCAGGUUGUCCAUCAUGAAGCUGAACCUCUACAACAGAGCUCGGUAUGAUGAGUAUUUCUGGGAGCUAAUGUAUGAUUUCCCAUCCUUCUCUUGGAUACUUUUCGACUUAUGGAUAUUGAAGGAGAUGAAGAACAGAGUCAUAUUUAGAGGAAAACCAGAUACUUGAUGCUGGUUUGCCAACUCUCUAGUCCAUAAAGACCUGGCUUUUCCCAUUUGUGUAUAAUAGAGUUUUGAGAUGUAAAUGCAGGGUUCACUUGUGUUAAAAGGACAUAUAGAACAAAAUAUACUUGCGAAGGCAACCCAUGGCCUUUUACAUUAUUCAGCAAUUGCAUCCUUCUUAAAUCAAUUGCAAUUUUCAUUGUUACGUA